AUGGAUACCGUAAAAGAAGAGCAAUUCGAUAUUGUUGAGCAAAAACCAAAGAUCGAGGCAUUAGUCCCCACAGAUAUCUCGAAUUCAAAGAAACGCUCCCUAUCAGGCGAUAAUGACAAUUACAAUAUAAAACGUUCGAAACUACAUAAUAUAAUACAACAACUUCGUAAUGAAGAGGCAAAUUUACUAAUACUAAAACGUUUACGAUCAUGUCAGGUAGCAUCUGUAAAGACUAAUGGUUUUUAUCAACAUAAUUCAUCAACAACAAAUAAUAAUACAGCCACAAGAAUACCUCAGUCGUCAGCAGUCGUAGCAAGUAAAAAUCCUCAUCCAUUACCAUUGUUCACAGAUGUAAAUCAAUCUCGUUCACCCACUUUGAACAAUACAAAUCAUCAAGCGCAAUCAUUUCGUAAACAACAGCCACCACCACCAGUACCACCAACAUCUACUUUGUCAGUGAUGAAUAACAAGCCACAAUUAAGUAGUCGACAACAAGCAUCAUUACCAACUACUAAAAACCAAUUAGUAAAUAAUUAUCAACAACAACUAACUACGAAUAGUAACA